UUUGGAGCCCCGCCUUGGGCUCUCAUUGUGAUGGGGAGCGGGGUCCUAACGUCACAGUCACGCCGAACACCUCGUUCGAAAGCCUGUUGGGGAGAGGGCGAGAGUGGAGGAUUUGUUUUCUCCCCCCCCCCCCCGUUGCCCGUGCCUGCCGGUGAUAUGUAAACGUUCAGAGUACAGUCCCAUUAGCAAUGCGGGCUUACGUUUUCCUCCUUCAACUGUGAAAUUGAGCCUACGUCAGCCAUUAGCCUUCAGCCUCCUCCUCUCCCGUAACUUGUAUUGGUUUUAGUCGUCCUUUUAAACUCGGGCACUCUAUCCUCCUUUCCUCGUUGAACACGCGCAGCAAAGCGACUUCAUCCUGCAGACAAAACGAAGCCAACUUCAAUAAUAUUUGAAGAGAGGAGCGAUAGUCAACUAUCACAUCGAGAGAGCAAGAUGUUUGACAGAUACAGAGUCCCCUUUGUUUGUUUGGAUGUAAUAUGCGUCAUAUUGGCUGGUAUGCCACUGGGUGUUCUAAAUGUGGCCAAAAUAAAACCUUAUCAAAGAGGGUUUUACUGUGAUGAUGAAAGCAUCAGUUAUCCAUUCAGGAACAGUACCGUCACUUCCACUGUCCUGUAUUCAGUGGGGUUUACUCUGCCCAUGUCAGCUAUAAUCAUAGGGGAGAUAUGCUCUGUUCAUUGGAACCAAUUACAUUCGGACUCCUUUAUUGGAAACUCCUAUUUAGCCACUGUAUAUAAGGCAGUUGGGACAUUUUUGUUUGGGGCUGCUGCAAGCCAGUCUCUGACCGACAUAGCCAAAUAUUCAAUUGGGCGUCUUCGGCCUCACUUCCUCUAUGUUUGCAAACCCGACUGGGCAAAAUUCAACUGCACUAUGGGGUACAUAACUGAGUUUACGUGCCUGGGUGAGAAAGAGUUGGCCAAUGAAGCACGGCUGUCCUUUUUCUCUGGCCAUUCUUCCUUCUCCAUGUACUGCAUGAUGUUCCUCGCACUUUACCUGCAGGCACGGAUGGUGGGUGACUGGUCCAGACUGCUGCGUCCAACACUUCAGUUUGGUUUAAUCGCAGCUUCAGUUUAUGUGGGAUUUUCACGUGUGUCUGAUUAUAAACAUCACUGGAGUGAUGUGUUAACUGGACUCAUAGAGGGAGCGAUUGCAGCAAUACUAGUUGUGCUGUUUGUGUCAGAUUUUUUCAAAAAGAAACACCGCAGCAUUUUACCAAAAGAUGAGGAAAGUUCACACGCAGCUUUGCAUGAAACACAAGGAAACCAUUAUGCCAGGAAUAAUCAACAGUAAAGAAUUGUUGCAGGUGUCAAUGAAUGUACGUGUUAUGAAACUUAAAGCAUAUUUCCAGAGUAAAACACCUAGUCACUUAAGUAGAUAACUAUCUUUAUGAAUAGACACCUGCUAUAUACUCUUGGAAUCCACCCCAUGUUAUAAACAUACACCUAUAUAACAAUUUACAUUUUGUUUAUGAAUACAGGUAUUUUAAUUAAUACUGUGCCUUUCCUUAUAAAAAGCUUUUAUCAUUGAAAUAAAUUGUCACACAGUAGUUCAAGAUGUAAAAAUGUUUAUUAAAAUAACAGCAAUGUUUUCCCAUGUGCAGUUUCAAUACUGAAGUUUGCUUUUCGGUCCUUGAGGACCACACUAUAUAUAAAUUCAAUGGAAAAUAAAACAUCUUUCAAAAUUCUGACAAUGCUCAGUUGUUGACUGUUUAUUCAAGACUGGUCUUUUCGUGGGUCCUUGCAAACG